ACUUUGAUCUGUCACAUAAAUUUAGACCUCAUUUUAUGUUUCUUGUCAUGUAACCAAGUCAUAUUUGCUUCAGGACAAAACCAUGGGGUGGCAAAAGAAGGCAAAAAAGCUCUUGGGCUGCGCAAUUUUCAUAGAACCCUUCCAUAUCUUGAUCAUUACCCUCCUCAGUCUCUUGCUGCCCCUCUCAUUUCUCCUCCUGACCAGGCUCUCUAGUUACAACUAUCUGCUGACCAUCACGUCUGAUCCUGUACAACAACCACCAUCUUCUUUCAUCACGUCUUUAUUCCUGUCAAUCAACACAGCAGUUCUGUAUUUUCUUGUUUCAGUUGUUAGCGUAGCCACUCUUAUUCAUGGCUUGACAGGAAAAAUCACCCUUCUAAGUGAGUCAACAGGCGCAACUUACCGACCCGGAUUGUACACUGCAUGGAUUAUGUUAUGUACGCUACAGAUUUGUGUUGGCUUGGGCGUUCAACGGAGCGUAUCUGCUGGGAUGUUCGAUGGUUAUGGUUUUGAUAUUCAAAGAAGUUUCUUGAGUAGAGUUAUAUUUUUCUUGGGGUUGCAUGAGACCAUGAUCCAUUGGUCCAGGACUGUUGUUAAGCCAGUGGUUGAUGACACAAUUUUUGGUGCGGCUAGAGACGAGAAGUGGGAACAAAGGGUGGCUGUAGCUUUGAGCUGUGGUACUUUGUGGUGGUGGAGGUUAAGGAAUGAAGUUGAGUCUUUGGUUUUUGUGGCAGAGGCAAAGAUAGAGCUGCUGAUGGAUUUAGCAGUGGCUGACAUGGUUGGUUGGUGGCUGUAUUACCUGACGGUAACAAUUGGAAUGGUAAGACUUGUGAAGGGUCUUAUCUGGGUUGGGGUGAUCUUGCUUUGUAAGAGGGUAAGAAGAAGGAAUUCUGCUGAAACUUGUGAGCUGGAUGAAUUAGACAAGGUCUGAAAUCGACCUUUUCUUUUUUAAUAGUAUGUUCUUAUUUUUCAUUCUGCAGGGCAAUUGCUCUGUGAUAUUAUAUGUCGCAUUCCUUUCUUAAUGAGUUGUUGUGAUAUUGUACCAAAAAUUGUAGGAUUAUUCAUUUUUAGCUGUAAAUUUAUAUUCCCGCUGAGAGGAAAAUAAAGCUCUGAAAUUAGUCAAAA